GCCGAUUUGCUGGCGGUGUUCUCGCGUUGUCUCGCGCGCUCUCGCCGGGCCAAUGGGGAUACCCGCAGUCGAGAGGCCGGCUUCGCAGGAGUGGUGGCGCAGCUGUUUCCUCCGAUGCUGUGUUGGUCAGUGUCUUUAUUGAAGGCUGAGAUUUGAAAUGAAUUUGCAGAUGAUACACAAUUUCUAAGACAGAGGCAGAAAGUCAAGACUGGAUUGUGGAAACUCUUUUCUCUGCCACGCUUUGGUAAUAGGAAUCACCCUCCGUUGAAUGGAAGAUAAAGGCUACUUCUUCUAAAGACCUUUUAGCCCAAGAGAGAGCUGUCUUCAGCACCUCACUAUGUGUCUACUUUUUGUUGCUUAGACGAGCCGGGAAUUUCUAUAACAUUUGCAUUCCAUAUUGGAAGAAGAGACUACUAUAGAUGAAAAAAAUGCCUUUGUUUAGUAAAUCACAUAAAAAUCCAGCAGAAAUUGUGAAAAUUCUGAAAGACAAUUUAACCAUUUUGGAAAAACAAGACAAAAAGACAGACAAGGCUUCGGAAGAAGUAUCCAAAUCACUGCAAGCAAUGAAAGAAAUUCUGUGUGGUACAAAUGACAAGGAACCCCCAACAGAAGCUGUGGCUCAGUUAGCACAAGAACUCUACAAUAGUGGGCUGCUGGUGACACUGGUAGCUGACCUACCGCUGAUAGACUUUGAGGGCAAAAAGGAUGUGACCCAGAUAUUUAACAACAUCUUGAGAAGACAAAUAGGCACUCGAUAUCCUACUGUGGAGUACAUUAGUGCUCAUCCUCAUAUCCUGUUUAUGCUCCUCAAAGGAUAUGAAGCCCCACAGAUUGCCUUACGUUGUGGAAUUAUGCUGAGAGAAUGUAUUCGACAUGAACCACUUGCCAAAAUCAUCCUCUUUUCUGAUCAAUUCAGAGAUUUCUUUAAGUAUGUGGAGUUGUCAACAUUUGAUAUUGCAUCAGAUGCCUUUGCUUCUUUUAAGGACUUACUAACCAGACAUAAAGUGUUGGUAGCAGACUUCUUAGAAAAAAAUUAUGACACUAUUUUUGAAGACUAUGAGAAAUUGCUUCAGUCUGAGAAUUAUGUGACUAAGAGACAGUCUUUAAAGCUGCUGGGGGAACUGAUCCUGGAUAGACACAACUUUGCCAUUAUGACAAAGUACAUCAGCAAGCCAGAGAACCUCAAACUGAUGAUGAACCUCCUUCGAGAUAAAAGUCCCAAUAUUCAAUUUGAAGCCUUUCACGUCUUUAAGGUAUUUGUGGCCAGUCCUCACAAAACACAGCCUAUUGUGGAGAUUCUGUUAAAAAAUCAACCCAAGCUCAUUGAGUUUCUGAGCAGCUUCCAGAAAGAAAGGACGGACGAUGAGCAGUUCACUGACGAGAAGAACUACUUGAUCAAACAGAUCCGCGACCUGAAGAAAGCGGCCCCCUGAAGCCUCACCGGGUCCUGAGAGGUGCCUGCUCUGCUCAGCCCACUGAGCAGUGUAGAUGGAAUGUGAACAUUUGGGUGGAAAGAAACUAACCUGGAAUUAUAUAUUGAGUUUAAUCAAGUCUGUAAUUAUGUGAAAUCAGAGCUAUUAAUAAAAGCAAUUGUAACGUUUUUGUUGCUGAAAAGCAACCCUGAGCUCCCAGUCCCUAUGAGCCCCUAAGGAGAAGCCCAAGUGAUGGGUCACUGAAUCCUCAAAGAGGUGGGAUUGCUGGGCAGGAGGCACAAGAUGUUUGACGUACCUGCACUUGGGCAGAUUCCCUAAGGCACUGACAGGUCUGAGAAAAUAAGAUCCGUGUGUCAGCCACUAGAUAUUCUUGUUCCCUGCCUGUGUCUUUUAACGCUAAUUGGCGGUUCCUGACUUCGUAGGAAAUCGAUGCCCAACCCCCUGCUCAGCCCUCCUUUCUGCUCACUGUCCCGCAUUCCAGCACAGGGGUGUCCUCAGCUCUCUGACUCCUGGCACCUCCCGCUGCCGACCCCGCCUGCCUGCCGGAGGGAUGGCUCAGGACCAAGGAUUCCCAAGGGCACAGGGGCACAGCGGACUGGAUGGUGUGACCUGCUUGCUCACUUGAAAACUUCCGAACAGGUGAUUCAAAACCAUAGUUCCAGCUAUAGUCAUGGAUGUUUCACACUGACUUCCAUAGCAUUCAUGAACAUUUGGAAUAUUUCAUUCAUAAUUUUUAUCACGGAGAACAUGCUUUGUGGUGAAAGUGUUUCAGAGUAGGAAUCAUUGCAUUAGGAUACCUAGGGUGUACAAAGGGUCACACAGGUCUUUAAACCAUUUUUAUAAAUAAAGGAACAUUGUCAUUGGGAGGACAAAUUAUUAAAUGCAUAAAAAAGUGUCAAAUGACUAAAAAAUUAUUCAGUUUAUUUUCUAAUAAGCUGUCACUCUUAAUUUCCUAGUAAAGUAUUCAGUAAAAAGGUAGAAAAAUUAUAAAAUGUUGGUCCCAAAUAUUCUCUUGCACCUAUUGUCUUCUGUAGGAACCUUUACUUCUUACAAUAUUGGGUGUUGUGUUCUUCAACCAGAUGUUUCUCCACCCAGAGCGGUACCUGGCAGGGUUUCGCCCUCCUCGGCUGGGGCGCAGCGUGGGGCCCUCAGGCAGGGGGUGUGGCCGGGGCCUCCGGGCGAUGCUGGGCGGGAGGGUCAGCCGGCAGCCCAUCUGAUGCCCUUCAUUCUUUAGUCUAAUUGCGUUUAGAACAUUCCCAGACAGCCCAAAGUCUGUUAGAGUUUGCUUUUCUGAGUUUGCUUAUUUGGUUAGAAGAGAUGAGUGUAAAUAUAUUUUUAAAAACAAAAGCACAAUAACCAUUGCAAUUUAUUUGGUUGCUUAAAUACUGUCCCACAGCAUCAUGGGACACAUGUUUUCAAUUGAAAUCAAGGUCUUGGUUUAAUCCUUUUUGAUAAGUAAAACAUUUUAUUUUCUCUGGAUUUGAAUUAGCUCUUACCUAGCAACCCCUUCUCCUAGUUUGGUUCCUGUCAAACAAAACGAGGCUCAAGAGACAGUAAGUGAGGUAGCGGGGGUUUGUUGUAAUACAGGUUUGUAAAUUAUUAAUGUGAAAGAGGGAGCCAGAAGCUCACAGUCAAUAUAUGCUUGCACAAAAUUCACUGUAAAUAUUGUGAGAAUUGAAUUUUGAAAGGUCAUAUUUAAUAAACUAUUUCAAAAGCACACAUUUAAAAUAAAGACUAAAUAAAAAGGUCCUGCAUGCUCCA